AUGGCCCCGCCUCCGAUUCUCUCUCCCCUGCUCCUCAUCUUCCUCCUCCACACCGCCGCCGGCCGAUUCGACCUCCUCCUCCCUAACAUCGGCAUCUCCGCGAUGCACAUGCAGCUCCUCCACACCGACCGCGUCAUCAUCUUCGACCGCACCGACUUCGGCCCCUCCAACAUCUCCCUCCCCGCCGGCCGCUGCCGCUCCGACCCCAACGACACCGCCCUCGCCCGUGACUGCACCGCCCACUCCGUCGAGUACGACGUCCUCCUCAACUCCGUCCGCCCCCUCACCCUCCUCACCGACACCUGGUGCUCCUCCGGCGGCCUCUCCCCCUCCGGCCUCCUCGUCCAGACCGGCGGCUUCAACGACGGCGACCACGCCGUCCGCACCUACGACCCCACCUGCACCACCCCCGCCACAAAUCCCCCCAAUUGCGACUGGGUCGAGACCAACCCAGGCCUCACCAAUCGCAGAUGGUACUCCACCAAUCACGUCCUGCCAGAUGGCACCCACGUCAUCGUCGGCGGCCGCCGCCAAUUCAACUACGAAUUCUACCCCAAAACGACGUCGUCGUCCCGUUCCUACAACCUCCCGUUCCUCGUCCAGACCAACGACCCCAAAAUCGAGAACAAUCUCUACCCCUUCGUCUUCCUCCACACCGACGGCAAUCUCUUCAUCUUCGCCAACAGUCGCUCGAUUUUACUCGACUACGUACAUAACUCCGUGGUCCGAACCUACCCACCUGUCCCCGGAGGGGACCCACGUAACUACCCGAGCACAGGCUCUGCAGUUUUACUCCCAUUCCAAGUCGGGUCCGGAGCCGAGGUUCUGGUGUGCGGCGGUGCACCAAAGGGAUCGUACGCCAGCAGCGCUUACAAUAAGAAUUUCACACGUGCCCUCAACACGUGCGGAAGAAUCCGGAUAGACGACCCAGACCCUAAAUGGGCCAUGGAGACAAUGCCCGGCCCACGUGUCAUGGGUGAUAUGGUACUUCUCCCGAAUGGGGAAGUCUUGAUUAUAAACGGGGCCGGGUCGGGUACGGCGGGCUGGGAAUUGGGUCGCGACCCGGUUCUCGCGCCCGUUAUUUACCGACCCGGGAAUUCACUUGGGUCGAGAUUCGAGGUACAAGCGGCCUCGAGCUCCGUGCCGAGAAUGUACCACUCGAGCGCGGUUUUGCUCCGCGACGGGCGGGUCUUGGUCGGCGGAAGCAACCCGCAUAUUUAUUACAAUUUUACCGGGGUUUUGUAUCCGACGGAUCUGAGUCUGGAAGCGUUUUCGCCGUACUAUUUGGGUUCGAGCGUGCGCCCGCGGAUUGUUUUGCCCGUUUCGCAGACCAGAGUUGGGUAUGGAAAGUGGGUCGGGAUCCGUUUUACGGUCGAUUCGGGUCGGGUUGAUUUGGGUAAGGUGAUGGUUACGAUGGUUUAUCCGCCGUUUACUACGCACUCGUUCUCGAUGAAUCAGAGGCUAUUGGUGUUGAGUGGUGGGAAUGUGACGGUGAAUGGGAAUAAUGGGUAUGAUGUUCGGGUCGUGAUGCCGGGUUCGGGUAAUGUUGCCCCGCCUGGUUACUAUCUUCUAUUUGUGGUUCAUAAAGAGGUUCCUAGUGAGGGUAUUUGGGUCCAAAUAAAGUGA